GCCCUGCUGCCCUCCGCCGCUUGGGCUGCCCGUGGCCGGACGUAGUAGCCGUGGUAGAGGGUGGGGGUCAGGAUCUCUUCUGGCAGGAGGCCUGGGGGGCAGAGGGGGAGAAGGAGAGAGGCGGGAUGAGGGACGAGGGGUGGGAAGGAGGUGAACUCUGGGGAGAUCGGGGGUGAGGCCCGGGGAGCGAGGAGGGGAGAGUCGGAAGAAGCAGGGGAGGGAGGGAUGACAGGGACUGGACAGAGGGGACUGAGAAGGGAAAUGGGGGCGGGGAGCAAACCUAACGCGAUCUGGGGGGUCGGAGGGGAAGCCCCCACGCCCAGGCAGACGCGGCAGGUGUCAGCACCGCGGGCACAGCCCGCACCAAGCUCAGUGAGUACUGGAAGCUUCACAAGACUGCGUAUAUAAGGGGCUGGCUGGAGCUGCAGCUGAAGGAGCUGACCGGCCAGCUGACCCUCUACAUCCACCCAGCCGCCAUGGACAUUGCCAUCCACCACCCCUGGAUCCGCCGCCCCUUCUUUCCUUUCCACUCUCCCAGCCGCCUCUUUGACCAGUUCUUUGGAGAACACCUGUUGGAGUCUGAUCUCUUCCCAGCUUCUACUUCCCUGAGCCCCUUCUACUUUCGGCCGCCCUCGUUCCUGCGGGCACCCAGCUGGAUUGACACUGGGCUCUCAGAGAUGCGUCUGGAGAAGGACAGAUUCUCUGUCAACCUGGAUGUGAAGCACUUCUCCCCCGAGGAACUCAAGGUCAAGGUGUUGGGAGAUGUGAUUGAGGUGCACGGCAAACAUGAAGAGCGCCAGGAUGAACAUGGUUUCAUCUCCCGGGAGUUCCACAGGAAAUACCGGAUCCCAGCUGAUGUGGACCCUCUCACCAUUACUUCAUCCCUGUCAUCUGAUGGGGUCCUCACUGUGAAUGGACCAAGGAGACAGGCCUCUGGCCCCGAGCGCACCAUUCCCAUCACCCGUGAAGAGAAGCCUGCUGUCACUGCAGCCCCCAAGAAGUAGAUGCCCUUCCUCUAACUGCAUUUUUUAAAACAAGAAACCUUCCUCAUCAGUGAAUGAAAAUCUUGUGACUAGUGCUGAAGCUUAUUAAUGCUAAGGGCAGGCCCAAAUUAUUAAGCUAAUAAAUAUCAUUCAGCAACAGA